GGUCCUCAGUGCUCCAGCCCCCCCCCACUUUUUCGGCAGGGGAAAAUCGGGGAAAAGAUCGGUUACUUCCCCCCGAAUUUCAUCAUCCGCGUCCGCGCGGGGGAGCGGGUGCACAAAGUGACGCGGUCCUUCGUGGGCAACCGCGAGAUCGGGCAGAUCACGCUGAAAAAGGAUCAGAUCGUGGUGCAAAAGGGCGAAGAGGUGAACGGAUACGUCAAGGUCUACACCGGCCGCAAAGUGGGGCUCUUCCCCGUGGGGUUCCUGCAGGAGAUCUGAAGGGGGGGGCGGGGGGGGGCACAGCCUCGGAUCCUCCCACGGAGCGGCGGAUGGCGGGGGGGGCAGAGCGCUCAGCCCGCUGCCGGAGGUGGGGGGGCGGUGCUGGGACCCCCCCCCAAGCCCCAUAGUGGGGGGGAUUGGGGGGGGGUCUCUGUGUUCUGCGCUCAAUACACGGCCGCUCCCAAUGAUUCGACGUGGAAUUUUUUCGGGGGGGUCCCGCACCCCCCCCCCAACCCCGGCUGUAACCCCGGAGCGCUGCGCGUCGCGGCCGCCAGGGGGCGCUGUGUCUGCGCGGCGGUCGCCGCACGAUUUAUGGCACAAAUGCGGUUGGCGCCCCCUGGCGGCGCUCCGA